GACCAUCAUUACAUUUUAAGCAGCUGUCAGACAUUGAACUAUAUUUCACUGCGGUCGCUACUUUCUUCUCUUAAACGUGUUGUAAUAAAAUAAUAAAUAAAAAAACAAAGAAUAAAAUUGUUCAGAAAUAACUAAAAAAUUAAAACAGUGCAAAAGAACAAAUAGUUUUCAUAAAAGGGAGAGAGUAUCAACAUCUAUAACUGUACAAAAUGAGUUUAAAUCUAGUAUAAAACUCACCAAACUGAUAAGUGAACAAUAAUUGCAGCAUUUAGUGACACUAAAAUAAUAACGUAUUACUAUAAAAUAGCAUUUUUAAAAUUGUAAAAUAUAAAGAGAGUAAAAUGUUUAUUAAAACUACAACAAAGUGUCUACAGCAAUCCAUAUAUAUAAAAGGUCUGAUCAAGUCGGUUGGGUGGAAUGUAAGGGGACUAAACAGAUUUUUUUACAAUACAAACAGCAUAAUAUCGGAAAAGCCUCAAUUCCAAAUUUACUGUCAUGGAAAUCUCUUACAUACUAUACAAAUGGCCCAUUUAUUCGAGGAUUCAAAGACAUUCGUUGACAUGAAAUUGAAGUUUACACCAGAACAAACAAUUACGGAGUUUGAGGCAUUCAUGGAGUCAAAAAAUAAUGAUCCAUCACAAGACGAUAUUCGCCAAUUCGUAAAUGAUCAUUUCGAUGAUUUAGGCAAAGAAUUUGUUCCUUGGAUGCCUGAUGAUUGGACAGACCACCCAGCUUUCCUUGAGAAUAUUAACGAUCCUGACUUAAAACAAUGGGGAAUAGAUUUGAAUGCUAUAUGGAAAGAAUUGGGACGCAAAAUGAUUGAUGACGUCCACCAAAAUCCCCAUUUCUAUUCAAUUAUACCGGUCGAUCAUCCAGUUAUUGUACCGGGAGGACGUUUUAUUGAAUUUUAUUAUUGGGAUUCAUACUGGAUUAUUAGAGGUCUUUUGUACUCGGAAAUGACACAUACGGCAAAAGGAAUGUUGGAAAAUUUCAUGUCCAUAGUACAAAGAUUUGGCUUUAUACCCAAUGGUGGACGCAUAUACUACGCUGGUCGUUCUCAGCCUCCACUAUUAGCAGCCAUGAUCGAUGCUUAUGUUGAAUUUACAAAAGACCAACAAUUCGGUAUAGAUGCUUUAGAUGUUUUGGAACACGAAUUCGAGUACUGGAUGAAUAAUCACACAGUACAGGCUAAGGGUUAUAAUAUAUGUGCUUAUAGCAACUCAGCGCCAGGCCCACGUCCAGAAUCCUAUCGGGAAGAUGUGGAGACAUCUAAAGUAUUUCCCACCGAUGAAGAAAAAGAAGCCCAUUACAAUGAAUUGAAAGCUGCUGCUGAGUCCGGUAUGGACUUUAGUUCGCGUUGGUUCGUCAACGACGAAGGCACUCGUGAGGGUAACUUGACAAACUUGAAAACUCGCUCUAUAGUUCCUGUAGAAUUAAAUGCCAUUCUGUAUUGGAAUGCUAAAAUUAUCGCCAAAUAUUAUAAAUUAUCUGGUAACGAGGCUAAAUCGAAUGAUUAUGAAAAUAAAGCUGCUUAUAUACUUGAGGCAAUUGAAGCCGUUCAUUGGAACGAAGAUGUAGGUGUAUGGCUUGAUUAUGAUCUUAUUAACAAUAAAUCACGAAACUAUUUCGUACCCACUAAUUUAUCACCCUUAUGGACAAAGGCCUACAACUCUAGUUUAUCGGAGAAAAUUUCGGCAUCAGUAUUAAAGUAUAUUGCUGAAAUGAAACUGGACAGCUAUCCUGGUGGUGUACCCAAUACUGAUUAUCGCACAGGUGAACAAUGGGACUUUCCCAACGUUUGGCCUCCCAUGCAAUAUAUAAUUGUAAAGGGUUUGGAAAAUUUGGGCACCGAAGGUGCUAAAAAUCUAUCAAAAAGCUGGGGUCAUCGAUGGGUAAAAUCAAACUUUAAAGCCUAUAGCGAGACUAGAGCCAUGUUUGAAAAGUAUAAUGCUGAAACAUUUGGAGGGCAUGGCGGUGGUGGAGAAUAUGGGGUCCAAAAAGGUUUUGGAUGGUCAAAUGGAGUUAUAAUAGAGUUCCUCAAUCAGUACGGUCGCGAGAUCUCAAUUUCUGCAAAUAAUAAUAAUGAUAAUGGCGGAGGAAGUCUAAAAAUGUGGAGUAUAUUAAGUGUGGCUAGCGUAGCAAUAGUUGCCAUAAUACUUGGAGGGUUCAUUUGGAAAAAAUAAAGCUGCAAUGAUAUUUGGCUAAUGAUCUAAUUCGUUAAUUUCAAGUAAAUACUACUUUUUAAAAAAGUAUUUUUAAUAAAAACCGCAUAACAUAAAAUAUAAAUUUCAACAUUUAAACAUAAGAGUCAAUACAUCAGGGCUUAACGAUGCUUGAUCAUGAGCCUUGUUCCUCAACAAUAUUAAAUGCAAAUUGCAAUCAAUCAACAUAUGUACAUAUAAAAUACAGUAUUUGUGAACUAAAACAAUGUAAAUUUAAAUGAUAUUUCUAAAA